AAAUUAGAUAUAAUAGUUUCCUAGUUUUCGUAAAAGUGAUUCGUUUAGAUGAACUGUUAAGACAAUUCUGUAAUCUGUGAUUUUUUUGAUUUAUAAAUUUAUAAAUUAUUCAUUAACAAGUGACAUACAAGUACAGUUUGAAAAAUUAUAACAUUAUUGCUUGAGUGGCAAAAUUUCCGAGUCAUACUUUUCAAAAAAUCAGUGUGGGCUUAAAAAGAGAUUCUAAAUAUCACACAUAAUGCUCACGCUCGUGCUUCUCGUCUACUUGCUCUCGAGCAGUUUGGGAUCUCCACUUCCCUCCGGAUCAACCGAUCAGAUAAGAAUUUCUACCCCUCCUUAUGGGAAACAGGAUCUUGAAGCAAAUGAGGACGCCUUAAAUAAUUUGAAAACAAGAGUUCAACCCGAGUUCAUCCUUCAGAGUAGAACGGAUCUGAGAAAAUCCCGACAGAUGAGCAACAUGCCAUUCAUCAUAUAUGGCGGAUGCUCUCCGUACAAUGGUUUCGCACAAGCCGGGUUACAGACACGAGCAAGUCAACCAUUUAACCCCCUGCAGCUCGCAACGUUUUUCGCGAACCUUCCACCGCAGCUUCAAAAUCUGAUAAGAUUAUUAGCAGUUUCUGCACCAACUCUGCUACAAUAUGCGGGACGUUAGAAGAAAAUAUCCACACGCCUCUAAAUGCUACCCAGAUUAAGCAAUUUGGAAUCGAACCAUGUUCAAACCAGAUUAUAUUUUAACCUCCACAAUUUGAAAGAUUACAAUAAAUUAUUAUAUGCCUUAAAAAACUCUACAGAUUAAUCACUGCUCCAUUCAUAAACACCAGUUUGUGACUGAAAAAGUUUGUGAAUCUCUGAAAACCACAGUUAAAGUGAAUGUUACCCUCGGAAAAAAAGUAAUGUUACCAUUUUGACGUGUAAAUGCACUCUGAAUUCGUUAUUGAGUAAACUGUACUCUAAAUCCAGAGUAUCGUUAACUCAAUAAAGAGCAAAGUUUACUCUGGGUUUAGAAUAAUUUAUUUAAU